AUGCUUCGAGUACUGAAACUCUACAAAUUUGGAUAUGACCGUGAGUUCUACCCAGGUUACGCUACCUCUAUGGCCUCUUAUCCAGGACUGUUGUACUCCUCCGACGACUUUGCUUUAAUGUCAUCUGGAUUGGCAGUGAUCGAGACAACGAUUAGCGUAUUCGACAAAAACCUUUUCAACAACACCAAGGCUACCGGACAGCUUCCUACAUGGAUCCGUGCUAUCGUUUCCAAUCAGCUGGCAAGAGAUGCUAGAGAAUGGUGCAAGCUAUAUGCUAAAUAUAACUCUGGGACCUAUAAUAAUCAAUGGUACAACGACUACACGAAGGAUGAGUUCUCAAAGUGCAAUUGCAAUCCUCCUUACUCGGCCGAAGCGGGAAUUUCCGCACGUGGCGACUUGAAUCCCGCCAAUGGAACCUACGAGUUUCCAGGACAAGGUCAUGUCAAUCAUGGAGCUCUUGACUACAAGGGAACUAACGUUAGCUUGAUGAAGAAAUUGGAAUUUCGAGCGCAAGGGGGGCCAACAUGGGGUACCGUACCUCCAUUUAAGUGGAGCACUUUCGACUUU